GAAGACAAGCUAUACGUAUCUACCAUGUUUUUUUUGUAGAAUGCAGGAGUAUGUAGGUAGCUAAUAGGUAUUAGGUUAGGUACGAGUACUUAUUAUAUUACCAGGAACGAUAUGCAAUUGCAUGUAAAAUAACGUAUACAAAUAGUUGAAUCCAGAUAAUCCGCAAUUUUACCGGACGUACCUACUCGAUAAGCUUUUUUACAAGGUUCAAAAUUUCGUUGAUGAUUCAGAAUUUUUUUGGUGAAAAUUUUUUCUUAGAAAACAUGCAUAUUACUUUGUAUUAUGUAAGCGCAUUUAGAUAGUCUUGGUCGCAUUCAUUCGCUUUUGCAAACUAUAAGUAACGAGUCAUAUUGACUAAAUUCGUAUUUUUUGUCAAUGCUUUUUUUUCUCGAUUGAAUAUUUCCUAAAAUCAAUCUUAAGAAAGUCACGCUGAAAGAAGUUGGAAAACAUGAAGUUUUUUUUAAUUGCCUUCGUCGUUUUAAUUCUGAUUGUGUAUUACGUUUGUGGUGCUGGGGAUUAUGUAUGUAGUCCUCCAGGCCAACCAAAUCCAAAUAAUCUUCCUGUGUGUCCGGAUCCACCAUGUGGUAAUGCGAAAAUUGGUACGGUAUGUCUCUAGCCCUAACAUAUGACUUCAUUCAAGAAACUUGCUAGUUCGUUAAAUUUGUCAUUCAAUGCCAUCGAGACAAGCUGAAUUGUGAAUUGAGUUGAGUUGAGGACGUUUCAAGUAUCUAUCGAAUUACAAAAUAAUCAGAAAACCAAUCAAAUGUAAAAACUGCACCUCAUUUGGAACAUAAACUUGACGAACUUUGUGAAAUAUUUAGAUUUAAUUGAUUUCUUCAUGUAACUAAUACAUUUUCCUUGAUAAAUUACGAGUAUGAUAAAUUUGACAAAUGCUUGGAAGCUGCAUGCAAUGGUCUUCCGGAUGGAGUCUGUCCAUCAGUUUUCUGCUCAACACUAAAUUUCCCAUUUUUUCCCAGAAAUUCUCAUCUGUAAUCGAAAAAUCCAUUUUUUUCUAAUUGAAAAUUGAGCGUCAUUUAAUUUUUUUUUUUUUAAUUUUUGUUUACAAUAUUCGCCAAUUUGUAAUAAAAACUCUUUUUUGAUCAAAAACGUUCAAUUUUCUUACUAAAAAAUGUAUUUUUUAAAAACUGAAACCCAAUCUUUUUUAGUACUUAAAAACAUUAAAAUUGCCACUUUUUCGUCCAAAAUUACCAUUUUCUGUCUAAAGUUUCUCACAUUUCAUCGAAAAUUCUCCAUUUUCUAUACAAGAUUGUUGUUUGUUAACGGAAACUUCCAAUUUUUAAUUUAAAAAAUGCAUCGACUUUGAAUUGAAGAAAUAUGAACUUUUUAAAGACAAAAUCAAAAAUUUAUUUUCUAUCAAAUUUUUCUCGCUUUUUGUAAAAAAUUUGCCAAUAGUGUUGGCAAAAUUGGUACCGUAACCGUAACGUUUAUGCUCGGUAAUUUUUAGUUUUUAUUUUUAAAUAAAAAUAAAAAUCGUUUCGCGAAUUCUAAAUAUCGCUGGUUAUGUUUUUAAUGUAAUUUUGUUCUUUUCGUAAAAUCGCGUAAACUGUUGGCUGUUAAAUUAUCGUUGUUUUUUCGUUGUUUUCGUUAGUUAAUAAGUUCGUUCGCGUUAAUAUUGAUUUGUUCAUCGUAUAAGAAAGUCAUUGAGCGUUUGCUCUUUUUGUGUAAUCGUUUGGUCUGUUGAUUUAGGUCAACGACCUGUUAAAAUAAAUAUUUUCAUUUAUUUUAUUAAAGUCGUUAUGUUUUUAGUCAGUCGAAUUGGUUGAUGCAUUUCAAUAUUGAGUCAGAUUUAUCGACGUUUGUUGAUUUAUCGUACAUGGUAGCGUAGAGCGUAGUUCGAGAAAGCUCUGUUUUCGCAAUUCGACGUCCUGUGUGGAAAUUUUCUGGCUUGUGUAGCUUCAGCGUAUUGGUACGUGUAGUGUUCGACGAGUAAAUGUCGACAGUCCUGUCCUACUUGCGGUCAGGAAAAUCGGUCAACGUAGACGACGACGAUAGUAGUGUGGAUAAGCGUAAAUCGAGCGCCGAGUUUCGUGGCUUUUCUGAAAAGGAAAAACCAGAACAAAGUAUUUCGAAGUCGAAAAGUAAGAGUAAAGUAAACGUAGACGUAUCUGAGUCAGCAGGUGAUACCGAAGCUGGUACGAGUUCCGCGGGUUCCGGUGAUAUUUCCAACGUUCCGUCGAUCCCAGUUGAUCCCGUUCCUCCUCCGUCUAAUCCACCUUCCGGUCCUCCACCUCCUCCACCUCCUGGUCCAUCCGACGACGAGUCUGGUAACGAUAGUAGCGACGACGACGAGCGUUCCGGUGAUUCGCGUAGAAGUUCUAUUUCGAGUAAUUCGUCGAGUGAAAGUAUGUUCGGUGCCGGCGACAAUCGUGUAAUGGAGUCAAUGGUUUUUCGCGGUACGGGCUUCGUGUCCUGGAAGAGAAAAAUAAAGGUUAUUUUGGCAGCCAAAGGACUUCAGACCGCGAUUCUUGAAGUAAAUUCGUUAUCGCCGCGUAAAAAAGCGAAAGCUUUAGAAAUUUUAAUUAGGCACGUAGCUGAGAACGUUUUCCGAUUGGUCAAGGAGACCGAGGACCCGUACGUCUUUUGGACGGAGCUCAACUCCUUGUACCAAGCAGAAAACCAAGCAGCGAUAAUCGAUUGUCGAACUCGUAUCUCGAAGAUUGUCAUCGAUAUGUACAAAGGUCCGAAGGAGUUCCUCGAAGCAUUUUACACGUUGGUCAACGAUAUGGAAAGUCUCGAUGUAAAGUUGACCGCUUCGGAAACGUAUACGUAUCUGAUAAAUGCUUUGGGCAAUUCGCCCAAGUAUGAGUCAGUGCGUAUGACUGCUCGGGGUUUAAUACACGUUUCGACCGGAGAUCCGAAUCCAAAAGUGAUCUCAUCGUUAUUGUUGAGUUUAGAAGAUGCUUCGAAGAACCCCUCGACCUCGAAGAGUUCGACAAGUACUGGGUCCGCGAUGGCCGCGUCCGAUCAAUCCGGUAAUAGUAAAAAUAAUCGUAAUCGUAAUCGUAAUAAAUCGCGUAAUCGUAGUUCGAACUCGUCCGGUAAUUCGUCGAACGGUAACGGUGAUCGUAGUGGUAGUAAUGGCUUCGUUCAAGCCAAAGAUCGUACCUGUUAUAAGUGUCACAAACGUGGCCAUAUGGCCAAGUCUUGUCGAUCCGCCGGAGGGAAUUAUAGAAACGAUACCAACCCUCGGGGAAGUAUCGUUUGCUAUCGAUGCAAUCAGACAGGGCAUAUCGGCCGGAACUGCCCUCAAAACGGUGAUUCGUCGCGUAAUAACGGUGGUAAUGGUUCGUCGAGUGGUACGUCGGGUACGUCUGGUCCGUCUGGUUCGUCCGGUUUGUCAGGUCCUCGUCCUUCAAUCGCGUUAGGUCUUUUUCCGUCGACAUCUGGAAAAAAAGAAAAUUUUUCGUUAGAUGAAGGUCGUAGGUGUAAUAUCGUAGAUGAAUUCGUUAAAACUCAGUUCGGUCGUAGUAAUUUCGGUGACAGUGUCGCGAUAUCUAAUUUCGGAAACUCGCGUAACGUGAAUAUAGGGUCGAAUUAUUUUUUAGGUGACUCGACUGCUUUAAACCUCGGUGAAGAAAACGCGUAUGUCGAGACAAACGACGACGACGGCGUCGAUUUCAUCACGUUUGUCGUCGACAGUGGUGCGACUUCGCAUUUUCUUAAACAUCCCGGAGUCCUGAUCGAUGAGAGGAAAGUAAACGAGAGUUUGCAAUCCGCUCAUUGUGAGGUCUCUCUGAUGAAAGAGGGAGUAGGUAAAUUGAGAGUCUUAGCCGAUGACGGAAACGUCUAUUGGUUGAACGAGGUAUACUACGUACCUAGUCUUUCUUUUAGUCUUCUGUCCGUGUCGAAAAUCGUAGCGAAUGGUUAUCGUUUCUUCUUCGAUGAAGAUCCUCGUUUGGUCGAUCCUGCGGGAAAUUUAGUGUCAAAAUUAGUUUUAAAUGACAAUGGAUUGUAUACGAUUCAAUUCCUAAUAAACAUACCUCCCAUGUUGUAUUCAAGUUGUUCUUAUUCAUCUGCGUUGAUUACAAACGAUAAUAGUGACUCGACAAAUGUAGGUAAUACUUCGACGACGAUAGGUAAUGAUUCUGGAGUUGUAGUUUCGAACGUUUCAAGUGUAGGUAUAGGAAAUACCGGUACGAUUAGUGACAGUGAUGUAAAUCUGAAAAAUAAAAAACAGAUUAAUAAGUUGAAAGGUGAAGGUGACAUCUGGCAUCGUAGGUUGGCUCAUACGAGCAAGACGGUACUAGAUAAGAUUCCUGAGUUACGUGGAUGUGAUUGUCCACCUUUUAAUCAAUGUCAAAUUUGCUGUAAAGCAAAACAAAAGAAACAUACCUACGAUUCAAAGUUUGUCGACGAAAAGGGCAUAUCUAUGCAGAACAGUGAGCCGUACGAGAAGCAGCAUAACGGUACCGUCGAGCGUUUUUUCCGAACCAUCCAAGAAAAAAUGCGAGCUUUGUUAUACGAAGGCGGUUUAACGAAUAAAUUCUGGCUUUACGCUGCUUACACGGCAAACUACGUGUACAAUCGUUUACCGCAUUCUGCCUUGAACGAUCUGUCACCGUACGAGCUGUGGAAUCGUAGAAAGCCGGAUUUAUCGAGAGUAAGAUUGUUUGGAAGCGUUGCACGAGUACUGGUACCACCUGAAAAGAGAAAGAAAACUGAUGAGAAGUCGAUCGAUAUGGUUUUACUCGGUUUUACAGAGACAGAAGUCGAUGAAACGCGUAAGAUACACGAUAUCAUCAACGAUCAUUUGAUCAAAACGUCUGUAACUGUAAGUAUAAAUGACGUAGAUAUCAUACCUACGAAUCAACAAGAUGUAUGUAGUUCGGUAGAGCCAGCUCCUGGGUGCUCAUCUUGGGUAAACCCAGAUGAGUUAAGCGAAGCCGAACGUAGCGGUGAAAUACACGUUGAUCGUAGUAUGAUUGAUACUUCAGCUACCGACGAUCGAUCCGACGAUUUUGCUUGUUUUGCACUCGCUGGGGUCGAUGACCUUACGUAUGAAGAAGCUUUAAACGGUCCCGAAUCGAAAUUUUGGCGUGUAGCGAUAGAUGAAGAGUUAAAGGCGAUGGAGAUCAAGGACGUUUGGUACUCAGCAUCUGAAAAAAACGUAAAUAAAGAGAAUUAUUCGAAAGUAGACAGUUGCGACGAUCGUCUUAUUGAGUGGUUGGUCAAGUGUUUGAAUGAGCGUUUUGGAAUAAGAGAUCUGCAACAAUGUAAGAAAUUCAUUGGAAUGGAAAUUAAUCGUAGUAAGGAAAAGUUAGAAAUUCAUCAAAAUUCAUAUAUCGAGCAGUUAGUCAAUGAUUACAGGCUGUCUAAUUCGAAUAGUAUUUCAACUCCUAUGGAACCGAACUUGAAGAUUACAAAUCUCAAGCUCGAUAAAAGCUACGAAACCAAAGUGCGUGGUCUCUUAGGAAGUUUGAGCUACAUUGCAAGAGGAACACGUCCUGACAUUGCUUUUGCUGUAAACUUUCUAAGCAGAUACCAGCACUUGGCAAAUAAGGAGCUAUUCGAAUACAGUAAGCGUAUCUUAAGGUAUUUACGUAGUACGUUAGACGUGAAACUUACCUACAUAAUACCUGAAGUAGUCGAUAAAUACUCUGUACGAGUAUACGUAGAUUCGGACUUCGCUGGUGAUUGUUUAGAUAGGAAGUCAACGUCUGGAAUUUUUGUGUUACAUUACGGUAACGUAAUUGACUGGGUAGUCAAGAAACAAAAUUGUGUAAGUCUUUCGUCGUGUGAGGCUGAAUAUGUUGCGUUAAGUACAGCUGGAAAGGAAGUCUUGUCUUGGCGAAAUCUGUUUGUCGAAUUAGAAGUUCGUAUUGACACCGUACCGGUGUAUUGCGAUUCGAAUGCAGCGAUUGCCGUUGCGAAUACGGUCGAAUCAAAACGUACCAGACAUAUAGAUGUCUGUUAUCAUCAUAUACGCGAUUUAGUCACCAAACAGAUCAUUUACUUGCAAAAAAUAUCUUUGGCGGAUCAACUUGCCGAUAUUUUGACCAAAGCCACGACACGUACCGUAUUCGACAGACUCUGUCAACGACCUGUUAAAAUAAAUAUUUUCAUUUAUUUUAUUAAAGUCGUUAUGUUUUUAGUCAGUCGAAUUGGUUGA